CCUCCUGUCUCUCCUGUCCCAUCUACAUGAGCAGUUUAGAGAUUGAGAGGAUUGUCCUUGGAUGUCUGCAAACAACAAAGUUAAGUAGGGCUGUCUUAGAUCCUUGAUCCGCCCCAAAAAGCCUCCCUUCCCAGCCAAGAAAGACGUGCUCUCCCAACUCCCACUCUGCUGCUUUGUGCCCCGCAGUGCAUCGCACGACCACGGAGUUCAGUCCCUCCUGGCUCCAGUCUCGCCUUGCUUCUCUCUCGGCUCUCGCCGCAGCGCCGCCGCCGCCCGCUUUCCUGGCCCCGUGCCCAGGUAAUUAGAUUCGCCAGCCGUCAGCGAACCGUUCUUUAUACCCGUCCUAUAUCCCUCAGGCCCCCUGCACAUGGCACAUUCAUCAGCCGAAUCGCCACCAAUGCUGUCGAAUUCAACGAUUCUUCCUACCAGAAGCCAGACGAGCGAUGGUGUGUGCUUUGGGGAGCAGAUGAAUUCCUCCUCGAGACCUGCAGACACCAAAGGCCACGAGCCCUCUAAUUCGGCAGCGGCCAUGUCAGGCGCAGAACAUGGAACGUUAGGCACAUCGCCGGGCACUCCUUCCGAGGCAGCAAAGGGCGCAAAGUCGGGGAUCGAGCUUUUACGUCGUCUGAGUUUGAUGGAGGGAAGACCAACGCUGUCGGCUAUGGCGAGACCUGAAGAGCAUGCGGAUCUCCGUUUGACGGGACGGAUUAUCAGCGCUUCGUUCUGCAUCCCUUAUAAGCUCCGCUUUCGGUCCGGUUUGAAUUGGGAACUGCAUCACCGGCCUGGGACCUCAGCUCUGUUCGAUUCCUUCCAGUAUCUCGCCUCAUCGGAAAAUCCGUGGUCUCACACCCUGGUUGGGUGGACUGGAGAAGUGGAAAAUUCCACUCUACAAGACUCAUAUUUUCAAAGCAGGCCACAUACAGGCUCUGGUCUCGAGUCGCUAUCACUGGAAACUCCUAUGACCUCCCUAAGCAAGGCUUCCGCCCCCAUUCCUGUCGAUGGCAGCCAUAAGCCCCAACCUCCGGCAGAUGGAAUUCACGUCAGAAAAGAAGACCGAGAUCGCCUCGAAAAGCAAUUACACUCGAGUAAAUAUGGCAUGAUCCUUCCAGUUUGGCUCAGCGAUGACUGCGAGUCGCCUGAAGAGACCCUGCAUCUCAAGGACCAAACCCGCUGGCGCCGAUACGCUGAGCGUGAAAUCUAUCCCUUGUUUCACUACAAGCAGCACGGCCCGACGGAUGGGCGUGCUGAACGACGCUGGUGGCAGGACUAUCAACGCAUGAAUCAACUCUUUGCGGACCGAAUUUUGGAGAUCUAUCGUCCAGGAGAUAUUGUCUGGAUCCACGACUACCAUUUGUUCUUGUUGCCCAGUAUGUUGAGGCAGCGGAUACCGGAGAUUUACAUUGGCUUUUUCUUGCAUGUUCCGUUCCCUAGCAGUGAAUUUUUCCGCUGUCUGACCCGAAGAAAGGAGGUUCUUACCGGUGUUUUAGGGUCCAACAUGAUUGGUUUUCAGUCAUUUACAUAUUCUCGCCAUUUCUCCUCUUGUUGUACACGCAUAUUGAGAUUCGACUCAAAUUCUGCAGGAAUCGAUGCGUACGGUGCCCAUGUCGCCGUGGACGUCUUCCCGAUUGGCAUUGAUGUGGACGCAGUCCGGAAGAUGGCAUAUGGGGAACCCAACAUCGAAAAAACUAUUGCUGAGAUCAAGAAGCUCUAUGCUGGAAAGAAGAUCAUCAUCGGUCGAGAUCGCCUUGAUUCGGCUCGUGGAGUGACCCAGAAGCUCAUAGCCUUUGAAAUGUUCUUGGAGCGAUAUCCGGAAUGGCGUGAUAAGGUCGUCCUGAUACAAGUCACGAGCCCAACUAGUGUGGAAGAAGAAAAGGAGGAAUCAGAAGCCAAACUAUCAAGUCAGAUGUCGCACCUUGUAUCAACCAUUAAUGGCAGAUACGGAUCGCUCAGCUUUUCUCCUGUUCAACAUUAUCCUCAGUAUCUCUCUCGUCAUGAAUACUUUGCGCUUCUUCGUGCAGCCGACGUGGGUCUUAUCACCAGUGUCCGUGAUGGCAUGAACACCACCAGCUUGGAAUACGUUGUCUGUCAGCACGAGAAUCAUGGACCACUUAUACUAUCGGAAUUCUCUGGUACUGCUGGAAGCUUACACAAUGCAAUCCACAUCAAUCCUUGGGAUUCGGGUGGAGUCGCUGCGGCUAUAAAUGAGGCACUUACUAUGAGUUACGAACAACGUGAGGAGCAGCAUGAAGCACUGUAUAAAUAUGUAACAACACACACAGUUUCAAUAUGGUCAGAUUUAUAUAUUGGUCGGCUGUUGAACAACCUAUCGUCCUUCAAUCAAUCAAUCGCGACGCCGGUGCUGGACAAAGCAAAAUUGCUAUAUCAAUAUCGCAAGGCCCGAAGACGUUUAUUCAUGUUUGAUUAUGACGGCACAUUAACACCUAUUGUGAAAGACCCGCAAGCUGCCAUUCCUUCAGACCGCGUUGUUAGAACCCUCAAAUCGCUCGCAGCAGAUCCCAAGAAUUCUGUUUGGAUCAUCAGCGGGCGUGACCAGAACUUCCUUGAGGAAUGGAUGGGCCACAUCUCGGAAUUAGGAUUAAGCGCAGAGCACGGAUGCUUCAUUCGUAAACCGCACAAUGAGGUCUGGGAAAAUCUUACGGAGAAAUCUAAUAUGGGUUGGCAAAAAGAAGUCCUUGAUAUCUUCCAGCAUUAUACGGAACGAACACAGGGCUCUUUCAUCGAGCGAAAACGUGUUGCAUUGACUUGGCAUUAUCGACGUGUUGACCCUGAAUACGGAGCGUAUCAGGCCAAGGAGUGCAGAAAGCAUUUGGAAAAUACUGUGGCAAGGAAAUGGGACGUCGAGAUUAUGGCAGGUAAAGCGAAUUUGGAGGUUAGGCCGACAUUUGUUAAUAAGGGCGAGAUUGCGUCGAGGCUUGUGAACGAAUGUCAAGGGCGUCCAGAAUUCGUUUUAUGUCUUGGUGAUGACUUCACUGAUGAAGAUAUGUUCCGCGCUCUACGGCAUUCAAAUCUUCCGAAAGACCGAGUUUUCGCUGUCACAGUUGGCGCGAGCUCAAAGCAAACUGAAGCAAGUUGGCAUCUGCUCGAGCCGGCGGAUGUCAUUGCAACUAUCAGUCUUCUGAAUAGUUGCAACUGAUGAUGAGCCAACAUGACAAGCAGUCUCUUUCCUAUUCGUUUCAAAGACUAUGCAAACAUGGCGUUACUUGAUUUGAAUACAACGACAUAAAAUAAGGGAGGGCCACUGUUUAGUUUUGAAUAGUUAUCCCUUUUCCUGUUUAUGCAAGCAUUAUAGUUCUUCCUUCUAUGUUCAUUGAACUUAUUGAAAAGGUUGCCCUGGUUCUUGUUUUCUUCUGCGCUGACAUAGUAGAUUAACGCAUAUAUACUUAUACAUAUAUUAACCUG